AUUUCUUCUUAGAGAGAGAGAGAGAGAGAGAGAGAGAGAGAGAGAGAGAUUAAAAAAAAAAAGAAAAAAAGAAAAAAAAGAAAGAAGCCUAAGCGAACUGUUCUCUUCCACUUCUUCAAACCCUAGACCUCUCUCCUUCGAUUCUUCUUCCAUCAAACCCUACUGUUCCUCCCCCUUUUGUCCACCUCCAUUUCUCCUCUGUUUCCUUUGCUAUUCUCUCAUUCAAAUGACUUCAUCUGAUUUUCGCCCCUAAAAAAACCCUAAUCUCCCUUUCUUCUUGCUCCCCAAUCCAGGGAUUUGCUUCCACCGUCGAGUUGUUUUUGUUUUUUUGUUUUUUGGAGGUCCCUUCAUCAGUAGGUUGAAUUCGAAUUUACGAGCUGUGAUUUGUUGAAAGAUAUGUAUAGGGAUCGAGGAGGAGGAGGGGGGAUUGGUGGUUCUUCGAAAUCGGAGAUCGUAGGUGGUACCUUGGAUCGGAAGCGUAUCAACGAUGCUCUAGAUAAGCAUCUGGAGAAGACUUCUCCAUCUACUUCAAGAGGUCUUCAUAGUAAGGAGAAGGAGAGGCUCUCUGUGCCGUCGACUUCAACUGGUAAACCACAACUUGAUCAUCGUUCUGCCUCUCUGUCCAAGAAUAAAUGCUCCGAUGAGGAAUCUGAAACAGACAGUGAAGAAUCAGAUGUCAGUGGUUCAGACGGAGAUGAUACGUCAUGGAUUUCGUGGUUUUGCAAUUUGAGGGGAAAUGAAUUUUUUUGUGAAGUUGACGAUGAGUACAUCCAAGAUGAUUUCAAUCUUUGUGGCUUGAGCAGUCAAGUUCCUUACUAUGACUAUGCGCUUGAUCUUAUUUUGGAUGUUGAAUCUUCUCACGGUGACAUGUUCACUGAAGAACAAAAUGAACUAGUUGAGUCGGCUGCUGAGAUGCUAUAUGGUCUUAUUCAUGUCAGAUACAUACUAACUGGCAAAGGAAUAUCUGCAAUGCUGGAGAAGUAUAAAAACUAUGAUUUUGGAAGGUGCCCAAGAGUGUACUGCUGUGGACAACCAUGCCUUCCAGUGGGGCAGUCAGAUAUUCCUCGUUCCAGCACUGUAAAGAUAUACUGCCCAAAAUGUGAAGACAUAUAUUACCCUCGUUCAAAAUAUCAAGGCAAUAUCGAUGGAGCGUAUUUCGGAACCACAUUCCCACACUUGUUUUUGAUGACAUACGGACAUCUGAAGCCACAAAAAGCCACACAAGGCUAUGUUCCCAGAGUUUUUGGCUUCAAGCUUCACAAAAAGCAUGAUUGAGUUGGAAAGCUGCAUGUUGAGUUGAGAUCCAUCCUUCGGUAUUCAUCCAUUUUCAAGUGCGCUGCCUGGUGCAAUACUUCUAAUACCCCCUCUGCGACGCGGCUGAUGUAUGCACUCAUGGUUCUAACUGUCAAAGGUAAUUACAGCCAGUUGUUCAAAAAGUCUCAAAAUGAUUAUUAAAGAAAAAAAUGUUCACAAAUGCAAAAUUGUCAUAGUAGCUGAACACGUCUUCUUUUCUUAUUGUCGUUUCAUGAAUUAAAAUGGUGUUUGUAAGUUUAUUUCUCUCUAUUAUGGGUUGAUAAUCAAAUUAUUUGCUGUUAUGCAUUCCAGUUCUUGUACUUGAUUCUUUCUCCUUCAGUUUAUAAUACACGUUAGUUUUAAGCC